AGUAAACAUAAAGUGACAACUAAAGUACGUUAUUAAGCAACAAUGAGUACCUUUCUAGAUUCCGAGGCAAUUUUGUACGGGAAUGAGCAAUGGAUGAAACUAGAGGAAGAUUGGAAACCCGUAGAUUUAGAAACGGAAGAAGAUUCCAACACAAAUGCUUACCAUUCUUUUGGCAGUCUCGACUCCAGGAAGACAACAUUCGACUCAUCAUUCCUCUUCAAGAAAGUACGUAGAAAAGUCGGCAGGCAGCUAUCCAAAACAUCGGCAUUAGAUUACCAACAUUUCAUCGAAGAUCUGCACAAGAAAACGGAGAGAGAAGAGAAGCAAUUCUACUUUAUAAAUGGUCAAAUUAUCUCUGCUGUAUCCGUUGAAGAAAUAUGCGAUAGGAUUGAUGAUAUGUUUAAGUCUAUAGAGGAACUUUGUUCAGCAGACACCAAAGGAGUCAAGGGCAAGAAACUACCAGACAGAGUGGAGUGCAGUGUUUCUACAGGUAAUCUAAGUUUUUAUGAUACCGUCGAAUCUUCUAAGGGAAGAGCUAAAAGUCUUGAUAAAUAUAUCGACGAGGCAUUCGACCAGCUCAGUUAUACAGUAAGCACUUGUUCCUGUGAAGACGAAGGCACCAGGGAGUCUGUGACGACUCUUGUAAGAAAGUUUAGUUCUAUUCUGAAGAGUCCGUCAGGCAACUGCAGUCCACGAAGGCAGAAGCAAAGAAGCGAAAGGUUUAAGGAGUUAGCAGAUUUUUGGAACAGUCGCGUCAAUGAGUGUGAGUGAUUUUGUGAGGGUAUGUGAAAACGUGAAAAAUAAUACCAACGUUGUACAUUUUAUGAAUUUAGUACUUAAGCCGCAUAUUUUUGUGUUUUUAAAGUGCGCAUUUUAAUUAGGUAGUUGUGAAUAAAUGUUUUGUGCGAAAUCGAGUGACCGUAUAUAAUAUAAAUGCCAUCAAACCAUUCAAAUAUUUGGCGAGAUUUGUUAAUUUAGGUAAGAAUAAGUAAUCACUAAGAUUACAUUCGUCAAUAUACGAAUUCAUUAUUGAAUUAUUUUACGGUUCAACUAAAUAUUCUAUAUUAUAAGUAAAUAUUAAUCGUUAAUUAAAUAUAACAAUAAUAAAAUCUCAGUCAAAAUAAUACGCACCGAAAAGAAGUGUUAAAUUUAAUUAACGAUUAAAUUUAUGUGCUCAUAAUGAAACUAUGAGUUUUAAAGUUUAUAAAAGAAUAUUAUUAGGAAAUACGUAGUUUUAAAAUGUUCAUUAUAGUUAAUUAAAACUCAUUGUCAAGAUAUGACUACCUAUUUUACAAAAUACCCACAUCAUUUUUACAAUUUUACAUUGCUUUGCAAUUUGAAUGUAUAUAUGUCUUAGUACCUUAUAAAUAAAGAUGUUUAAUCAAGAUUAAGUUAAUAAGUGUUUUGUCAAUGGACUUUCGACUUAAUUGACUUCAAAGAAAAAGUUACAAAACAACAUUGAAUAAGCAUUAUUUAUUAUUAUCCCUUGUAUUAUUAUUAAGUAGGUAAUCAUUUAAU